UGUGCGUGUGUUUGAGGAAGGGGUCUGGCAGGGAAGCUGAGGAGGACCACGGAUCGGAGAGCAGAAGAAGAAGCAGCAGCAAUAGCAUCUUCCGAGGAAGAAGAAGAAGGGUCCUCAUCCAACGAUUCUGCAUCUUUACCAGCCGUUUAGGACUUGUUGUUUCUUCUCUGACCUCAUCUUACUUGACGGACCCACCAGCCCAUCAUCAUGAACUACCUUCGCCGGCGCCUGUCAGACAGCAGCUUUGUGGCCAACCUGCCCAAUGGCUACAUGGUGGAUCUGCAGAGGCCAACCCCACCAGGAUCAUCUACUUCGUCCCCUGCCUCCCCAGCCACAGAGAGGCGUCAGCCCCCAAGCCUCCAGAGCCUGACCCCAAGUUCAGGUACAGGUUCAGGCCCAGCCUCGGCCUCGGCCUCAGCAGUGGGCUCAGGGAGCUUUCUCAGCUCCUUCUCCAGUGUGGUGAAGAGUGCACAGAUGGCCCAGAAUGUCGCAGCUGCUGCACACGCUAAAUCGGCUGCAGCUACAGCCACUGAAGGUGCCCCUGCAGGAGGCAGUCAGCCUGCCAAGCCUGUGAUACGCAAGCCCAAGAUCCUGCUGGUGAUUGAUGAUCAGCACACUGACUGGGCCAAAUAUUUUCGGGGGAAGAAGCUGAACGGAGAAUAUGAGAUCCGAGUUGAGCAGGCGGAGUUCUCAGAGAUCAAUCUGGCUUCUUACGUCAACUCAGGCUGUAUGGUGGACAUGCAGGUCAACAAAGGGGGCUCCAAAGUUGUCAGGUCUCUUAAGCCAGACUUUGUCCUGAUUCGCCAACACGCCUACAGCAUGAUUCCCGGCGAGGACUUCAGGAACAUUGUGAUCGGCUUGCACUUUGGUGGUGUCUCGAGCGUCAACUCUCUCUUCUCUAUAUACAAUUUCUGCAGCAAACCUUGGGUGUUUUCUCAAAUGAUUAAGCUCUACCACUCCCUCGGUCCGGAGAAAUUCCCCCUGAACGAACAAACCUUCUACCCAACCCACACACAAAUGAUUACAACCCCUUCAUUUCCUGUGGUAGUCAAGAUGGGACAUGCUCAUGCUGGCAUGGGAAAGAUUAAAGUGGAAAACCAACAGGACUUCCAGGACAUCACCAGCGUGGUGGCCCUGGCUGGAACCUAUGCCACUACCGAGCCCUAUGUCCAGUCAAAAUAUGACAUCCGCAUCCAGAAGAUUGGCAACAACUACAAGGCUUACAUGAGAACAUCAAUUUCUGGCAACUGGAAGGCCAACACGGGCUCUGCCAUGUUGGAACAGAUCGCGAUGACGGACAGAUAUCGCAUGUGGGUGGACUCCUGUGCUGAGAUGUUUGGUGGCUUAGACAUCUGUGCCGUGAAGGCUGUCCAUGGAAAAGAUGGCAAUGACUACAUCAUUGAGGUGAUGGACAGCUCCAUGCCUCUGAUUGGUGAGCAUGUGGAGGAGGACAAACAGCUCAUUACAGAACUGGUCAUUAACAAGAUGGCCCAAUUGCUGCUGGGAGUUGUCAUACCUCAGACUUCUGCUGUGAAGACUACACAGCCCAGGCGAGGCGGACACCGCUCUGCUUCAGCCUCUCCAUCCCAGUCGGUUCAGGGGUCACCUCAGAGAGCCCGCUCUGCCACCACCUCUCCAAGCCAGGCCUUUCAGCCCGGUCCCAUCCCUGUCUCCUCUGGGCCUGGAGGUCAGAAACAGUCCCCUCAUUUGAACAAAUCCCAGUCACUGACCAACACCUUCACAGAGACAUUACGGGGAAACCUCACUGAUGACGAGGCCAAAGCCGAGACCAUCCGCAGCCUCCGCCAGUCCUUCGCCAGCCUCUUUUCUGACUAAAACCUUCUGCAGCAGCUCCCCCUGGCUUCAUGUUGGAUGUCAGGUCAAAGACUUAAAAAAAAAAAAAAAAAAAAAAGCAUCAUCUGUAAAGGAGUCUCCUCUUUCUUCCAAACUUCCGCUUUGUGUUCCUUCUUUGCAAUGAUCAAGUUGUCCAUCUGGUGCAACCUGUUGUUCUCAGAAUAUCAGUAAAACUAUCACUAGAAGGGCCAAGAGAUCCUCAGGAUCUUAGAUGAAGUUAAGAGAAGCCAGAUUUUCAAAGGUAUAUAUAGUGGUAGAUAUAGUGCCUUUCAAAAGUAGUUUUCACAUUAAAACCAAAAACUUCCAAUGUACUUUCUUUGGAUCUUCUGGGACCAAUCAACACAUGUUGCACAUAAUUGUAAGUAGGAGGAAAAUACUUUGAAAAAUGUGAUCUGAGACCAGUUACCUUCAGACGUUACCAAAUUAGUAAAUAAUGUUAACCAGUGUGUAACUUAAAUGAGGUCUUAAGCAGUUAGGUACAAUACUUCAUCCGAAUAUUGGAAAGAGUAUCUCACAACAGCAAACUUACCCUCACAUGGCCGUCCACCUAAAAAUAUUUAGAGAAUCAAACAACAGCUCCAUAGUAACUCAGAUGGACCUGCAGAGAUUUAAUGGCUCAGGUAGAAGAUUGUAAACAGGACAACUAUUAGUCAAGCACUCCAUAAAUAUGGUCUUUAUGAAAAAGUGGCAAGAAGAAAACCACUGCAGAAAGAAAGCCAGUGGAAGUGCUGUUAAAAGUUUGCCACAAGCCAUAUAAGAGACGCAGCAUACUCAGUAAAGAUGGUUCUGGCACACAUGCAAAACUUCGAGUGGAGAAAAACUACAUCCACUGUGAAACAUGGUGGUGGGAGCAUCAUGCUGUGGGUAUGCAUUUCUUCAGCAGGGAUAGGAAAGCUGGUCAGAGUUGAUGGAAGGAUGGAUGGAGAUGAAGAAAGGAGAAUAUUCAAAGUAAAGCUUUUUGAAGCUGAGAAAGAGUUGAGACUGAGGCUGAGAUUGGUCUGUCACAUAAAAUGCUAAGAAAAUACAUUGAAGUUUGUGGUUGUAACUUUACCGAAAAUAAAAUUAAACAUUUUGAGAGACGUUGUUUAUUUACAGUUUCAUAGGUCUUGCCAUAAUUGUCAUUGUACCUGUUUGUACCCUUAGAUUUAGAUCAUUUGACAAAUGUUUGGCCUUUCUAGUGGUAGAUAAGUACAGAAAAUACUCAUACUCUAGCUUGUGCUGCUUGGUAAAUUAUCGCUCUGCAUUCUCCUCUGCAACUGGUACAAUAUUCCUGUUUGUCUUUCUACAUCGUUACCCAUUUUAACUGACACAUAGCUUCCAAAUUAUUCGCAGAUGGCAAUAUUCUCAGCCACUGAAGUUCCACUUUGGUGUACUUAAACGUACUAAACUGUCACAGUUCACCAGCGGGCUCUAAAGCAAUUUAGCCAGCAGCUGCAGACCUUCUCAGACAUCUAUGUGCUGUCGACACAUACUGGUUUGUGACUCCUCUACCUUGGCCUAACUUUACCAAAGUGCUUUUUUAAUGGCAGAUAUAAACAAAACCCUCUGCAUUGGGUCAGGAAGACAGUCACAUGUUGAAUAAAAUAUGGAGUUUAGGGGUUUUUACCUGUUGCAAAUGCUGUACUGGCUUAAAGCCGUUGUCUUCCAUCACAGCUCAAAUCUUCUGCAGUUGCUCUUUAUUUUUCUGAGCUCAGUCAGUUUCACCUUUAAGCAUUUCUUAUGGUGGAUUUAUAUCAUAGCUGUUUCUGCUGGGUAUUGGUGAGCGGUGAAGGUAUGAACCUAUAAGGCUCAAAUGAGACAGAAAAGGUUCUCUUGUAUUCCAUAACGUUCCAUCUUUUCUCCCUAUUCUCUGCAGCAAAUGUCAGCUGAAUUUACAGGUGCUUUUGUUUUUUUGGUUUCUCCCGCCAAGAUUUAUCCCGUUUUGGAAUUCAAUGCCAUAAAUGGACUCAAACUGGAAAGCAGAGGCAAUCAUAACACUUUCUAAAGGGGUAUGAUUUAUUUAUAACCUAAAAUGUUUCUUGGAAAGUGAAUUGACUGAGAAAGUCUUUUUAUCUCACUGCAUGCUGCAGGUUUUCCAAGAAAGGGCCAUUCUAAAGGUCAGAUUUUUAAACAUAAUACAGUCAUUGACAUUUAACAAGUUGAAAACACAUUUGAACCCACAAUUGAAUGGCAACUUUUCUUAGAGGGCAGAUAUAAUUCUAUACAACUCCUCACCUGUUUUCAGACAUGUAGAGUAAGAUUUUAUUCAUUUCUACAUUCAAAAUCGAGAAAUAUUUAAAAGUGGGAAAGAAAACAGCGUGCACUGGGCAGUCGAGAACACAGCUGAAAGUUGUCGAAGCGUCAUGUCUCUGCAACCGGAACCGGGCUCACAAGGCAAUGGAUAACACAAUUUCCACCCAGAACAAUAGUAGUGACAGUAGCAAAGUUCUCAGCUUGAAUUUUAGUUCAUGAGGUGAGGAUUCUUAUCGUUAUUUAUUCAGUCAGGUUCAGUCUGUCUUCAAUUUUUCACAGUAGAGAAUGACAAGAGUGUGGCAAAAACUGUGAUUUGAAACAUUAAAGUUCAGGCAGCAUUCAUAUAGAUAUUGUAAUCUCUGCUCCACGUCUGACCAACAUUGUUACUCUGAUGUGUGCAAGCAUGCCUCAGCAUUUUCCUCUAAACAACUGUGUCACAAUA